AUGAAGCCACCUCAAAGAAAAGAAUAUAAUAUAAAGAAUAACAAUCAUAAUCAUAAUCAAUCAAAAUCAAACACCAACGGCAAUGGCAAUGGCAAUGGCAAUGGCAAUGGCAAUGCUAAUUCCAAUACAACAACAAUUAUGAAUAAUAAUCGAAAAUCAUCAAUGAAAAAAUAUCGAUCAAUAGCUACACAAACAUUACCUAAUUUAUCAACAUCAUCACAAUUGAGUAAUUAUAAUUCACAAUAUAAUGAUAUCAGUGAAUAUAAAUAUUCAAAUUAUUCAUAUUAUUAUAAUUCAUUAGAUGAAUUAUUUUUACAAUUUGAAUAUGAAGAUCCUGAACUUGAAUAUAUUGAUCAAUUUAUUAAAGAGAAAUUGAACAUUACGAAUAAGUAA